UUGCAGAGCCCCAUGAAGCGGCUGUCAUGCACAUAGCGACAUUGAUUGCAUUCGUGCAGCUGUCGCUUGCUACAGCUGUUUCAGAUGGCAUCCAGACUUUGACCGCUGCGGAACUGAACUUAGAACUGUCAGGUGACAAUUCCUUGUCACCAUUCUACGAGAGCGGCGAUGACACCGCUGUGCACUUCAUGCGAGGCUCGAGAGCGGCAGACUCACCUCUGUCACCUGACAUCGACGUACAAUGUACCGAUGAUUAUAUACAAGUGACUGUCGAAUUCGCUGAUGUUUUCGAUGGUGUAAUAUACAGUAAAGGAUACUUGAACGAUCCUAGAUGCAAAUACGUAUCAUUGGGUGGAAGCGAUUCGCGCUAUGAGUUCAGAGUACCCCUGGACGGCUGCGGGUCUCGUCCGCUCUGUAAUGCUUGCGGCACCAUAGAUAAUGUGCUUGUCUUCCAAGCCGAUGAUUUCGUUCAAGGACCUACCGACUUUGCUAGAAAGAUAUCAUGCGCAAGAACAACAUUCGAAGUAUCAGCUGAAGGGGCAAGGGAGGAACAAGGCCACGUGCUGAAGUUGAAGCCUUUCAUGGUGGAUAUGUUGGAGGUUGUUGCCGUAGAGGGCCUCGGGAGCGGCGUUGAAUGCUGGAUGGACAUACAAAAGGGAGUCUUUCCUAAUACUACUCCUUUUGAAAGUUCAAUAAAAAUCGGUGAAUACCUUACUAUUUUGGUAUAUUUGAAAGAUCAAAGAAAUCAGUUCAACCUAAAAAUUCAUGAUUGUUGGGCUUACGACAGUGAUAAUUACGACAGCCCCAAGACGAAUAAGAUACAGCUGACUGACAAACAGGGGUGCCCUAAGAAAAAGAAGCUUAUCGAUCAAUGGCAAAAAUCAAGAAACACAGGCAAGAGUGGAGCAACAUUGAUUGCAUACAGUAAAGUGAGCGCAUUCAGAUUCCCUGAAACGGAUCAAGUGUAUUUAACAUGCAAUGUGGAGCUCUGUACGAAUAACUGCGAUUCAAGUUGUGAUGGCGGCAUAAAAGAAAUUUCAACAACAUUAAGACCUCAAAAGCAAUGUUAUCCAGGAUCAACAGAUCCUCAGUGUCCUACAGUAAGACCACAAAUAAAAUGCUACCCAGGAAGUACAGAUCCUCGUUGCCCUUCGCCAUCAACACCCGCUCAACCAAAUUGUUACCCAGGAAGCACAGAUUCGCGUUGUCCUAAAUCAACAACUCCCGCACCUCCAAACUGUUAUCCAGGAAACACGGACCCGCGUUGUCCCAAACCAACAACACCUGCUCCUCCAAACUGUUACCCUGGAAGUAGAGAUCCAAGAUGUCCCCAGACAACUUCCCCAAAACCUGUUUGUUACCCAGGUUCUCCUGACCCUAACUGUCCACAACCCUCACGACCUACCACAAUCAAUCCACCUACUUAUUUACCUCCUACAACGCCAGAGCUAAAAUGCUACCCAGGAAGAACGGACCCGCGAUGUCCUAAAACAACAACUCCCGCACCUCCAAACUGUUACCCAGGAAGCAAGGACCCGCGUUGUCCAAAACCAACAACUCCCUCAGAGCCAAAUUGUUACCCAGGAAGUACGGACUCGCGUUGUCCAAAACCAACAACUCCCGCACCUCCAAACUGUUACCCAGGAAGCACAGACCCACGUUGUCCCAAACCAACAACACCUGCUCCUCCAAAGUGUUACCCGGGAAGCUCGGACCCGCGUUGUCCUAAACCAACAACACCCGCACCUCCAAACUGUUACCCAGGCAGCACGGACCCGCGAUGUCCUAAACCAACAACUCCCGCGCCUCCUAACUGUUAUCCAGGAAGCACGGACCCGCGUUGUCCCAAACCAACAACACCUGCUCCUCCAAACUGUUACCCAGGAAGUACGGACCCGCGAUGUCCUAAACCAACAACUCCCGCGCCUCUUAACUGUUAUCCAGGAAGCACGGACCCGCGUUGUCCAAAACCAACAACACCUGCUCCUCCAAACUGUUACCCUGGAAGUAGAGACCCGCGUUGUCCUAAACCCACUACUCCCGCACCUCCAAACUGUUACCCAGGAAGCGCAGAUCCGCGUUGUCCUAAACCAACAACUUCCGCACCUCCAAACUGUUACCCAGGAAGCACGGACCCGCGUUGUCCCAAACCAACAACACCUGCUCCUCCAAAGUGUUACCCAGGAAGCAAAGACCCACGUUGUCCCAAACCAACAACACCUGCUCCUCCAAACUGUUACCCUGGAAGUAGAGAUCCAAGAUGUCCCCAGACAACUUCCCCAAAACCAAUGUGUUACCCAGGUUCGCCUGACCCUAACUGUCCACAACCCUCACGACCUAACACAACAAAUCCACCUACUUAUUUACCUCCUACAACGCCAGAGCUAAAAUGCAACGCUGGAUCUACAGACUCACGUUGUCCUAAACCAACAACUCCCGCACCUCCAAACUGUUACCCAGGAAGCACAGACCCACGUUGUCCCAAACCAACAACACCUGCUCCUCCAAACUGUUACCCUGGAAGUAGAGACCCACGUUGUCCUAAACCAACAACUCCCGCGCCUCCAAACUGUUACCCAGGAAGCACUGACCCGCGUUGUCCUAAACCAACAACACCUGCACCUCCAAACUGUUACCCAGGAAGCACGGACCCACGUUGUCCAAAACCAACAACUCCCUCACCACCAAAUUGUUACCCAGGAAGUACGGACUCGCGUUGUCCGAAACCAACAACUCCCGCACCUCCAAACUGUUACCCCGGCAGCACGGACCCACGUUGUCCGAAACCAACUACUCCCGCGCCUCCGAACUGUUACCCAGGAAGCACGGACCCGCGUUGUCCCAAACCAACAACACCUGCUCCUCCAAACUGUUACCCUGGAAGUAGAGACCCGCGUUGUCCUAAACCAACAACUCCCGCCUCUCCAAACUGUUACCCAGGAAGCACAGACCCGCGUUGCCCCAAACCAACAACACCUGCUCCUCCUAACUGUUACCCCGGCAGCACUGACCCACGUUGUCCGAAACCAACAACUCCCGCUCCUCCAAACUGUUACCCUGGAAGUAAAGACCCACGUUGUCCUAAACCAACGACUCCCGCCUCUCCAAACUGUUACCCAGGAAGCACGGACCCGCGUUGUCCCAAACCAACAACACCUGCUCCUCCAAAGUGUUACCCAGGCAGCACGGACCCGCGUUGUCCUAAACCAACAACUUCCGCGCCUCCAAACUGUUACCCAGGAAGCACGGACCCGCGUUGUUCAAAACCAACAACAGCUGCUCCUCCAAAUUGUUACCCAGGAAGUAGAGACCCAAGAUGUCCCCAGACAACUUCCCCAAAACCAGUUUGUUACCCAGGUUCGCCUGACCCUAACUGUCCGCAACCCUCACGACCUACCACAAUAAAUCCACCUACUUAUUUACCUCCUACAACGCCAGAGCUAAAAUGCUACGCCGGGUCUACAGACUCACGUUGUCCGAAACCAACAACUCCCGCACCUCCAAACUGUUACCCCGGCAGCACGGACCCACGUUGUCCGAAACCAACAACUCCCGCACCUCCAAACUGUUACCCCGGCAGCACGGACCCACGUUGUCCGAAACCAACAACUCCCGCACCUCCAAACUGUUACCCCGGCAGCACGGACCCACGUUGUCCGAAACCAACAACUCCCGCACCUCCAAACUGUUACCCAGGAAGCACGGACUCGCGUUGUCCGAAACCAUCAACUCCCGCGCCUCCAAACUGUUACCCAGGAAGCACGGACCCGCGUUGUCCCAAACCAACAACACCUGCUCCUCCAAACUGUUACCCUGGAAGUAGAGACCCGCGUUGUCCUAAACCAACAACUCCCGCGCCUCCUAACUGUUACCCCGGCAGCACGGACCCACGUUGUCCGAAACCAACAACUCCCGCUCCUCCAAACUGUUACCCUGGAAGUAAAGACCCGCGUUGUCCUAAACCAACGACUCCCGCCUCUCCAAACUGUUACCCAGGAAGUACGGACCCGCGUUGUCCCAAACCAACAACACCUGCUCCUCCAAAGUGUUACCCAGGCAGCACGGACCCGCGUUGUCCUAAACCAACAACUCCCGCGCCUCCUAACUGUUACCCCGGAAGCACGGACCCACGUUGUCCGAAACCAACAACUCCCGCUCCUCCAAACUGUUACCCUGGAAGUAAAGACCCGCGUUGUCCUAAACCAACGACUCCCGCCUCUCCAAACUGUUACCCAGGAAGCACGGACCCGCGUUGUCCCAAACCAACAACUCCCGCGCCUCCUAACUGUUACCCCGGCAGCACGGACCCACGUUGUCCGAAACCAACAACUCCCGCUCCUCCAAACUGUUACCCUGGAAGUAAAGACCCGCGUUGUCCUAAACCAACGACUCCCGCUUCUCCAAACUGUUACCCAGGAAGCACGGACCCGCGUUGUCCCAAACCAACAACACCUGCUCCUCCAAAGUGUUACCCUGGAAGUAAAGACCCGCGUUGUCCUAAACCAACAACACCUGCUCCUCCAAACUGUUACCCUGGAAGUAGAGACCCGCGUUGUCCUAAACCAACAACUCCCGCCUCUCCAAACUGUUACCCAGGAAGCACAGACCCGCGUUGCCCCAAACCAACAACACCUGCUCCUCCUAACUGUUACCCCGGCAGCACUGACCCACGUUGUCCGAAACCAACAACUCCCGCUCCUCCAAACUGUUACCCUGGAAGUAAAGACCCACGUUGUCCUAAACCAACGACUCCCGCCUCUCCAAACUGUUACCCAGGAAGCACGGACCCGCGUUGUCCCAAACCAACAACACCUGCUCCUCCAAAGUGUUACCCAGGCAGCACGGACCCGCGUUGUCCUAAACCAACAACUUCCGCGCCUCCAAACUGUUACCCAGGAAGCACGGACCCGCGUUGUCCAAAACCAACAACACCUGCCCCUCCAAAUUGUUACCCAGGAAGUAGAGACCCAAGAUGUCCCCAGACAACUUCCCCAAAACCAGUUUGUUACCCAGGUUCGCCUGACCCUAACUGUCCGCAAACCUCACGACCUACCACAAUAAAUCCACCUACUUAUUUACCUCCUACAACGCCAGAGCUAAAGUGCUACGCCGGGUCCACAGACUCACGUUGUCCGAAACCAACAACUCCCGCACCUCCAAACUGUUACCCAGGAAGCACAGACCCGCGUUGUCCUAAGCCAACAACUCCCGCACCUCCAAACUGUUACCCUGGAAGUAGAGACCCGCGUUGUCCUAAACCAACAACUCCCACACCUCCAAACUGUUACCCAGGAAGCACGGACCCACGUUGUCCAAAACCAACAACUCCCUCACGGCCAAAUUGUUACCCAGGUAGUACGGACUCGCGUUGUCCUAAACCAACAACUCCCGCGCCUCCUAACUGUUACCCCGGCAGCACGGACCCACGUUGUCCGAAACCAACAACUCCCGCACCUCCAAACUGUUACCCUGGCAGCACGGACCCACGUUGUCCGAAACCAACAACUCCCGCACCUCCAUACUGUUACCCCGGCAGCACGGACCCACGUUGUCCGAAACCAACAACUCCCGCACCUCCAAACUGUUACCCAGGAAGCACAGACCCGCGUUGUCCUAAGCCAACAACUCCCGCACCUCCAAACUGUUACCCUGGAAGUAGAGACCCGCGUUGUCCUAAACCAACAACUCCCACACCUCCAAACUGUUACCCAGGAAGCACGGACCCACGUUGUCCAAAACCAACAACUCCCUCACGGCCAAAUUGUUACCCAGGUAGUACGGACUCGCGUUGUCCUAAACCAACAACUCCCGCGCCUCCUAACUGUUACCCCGGCAGCACGGACCCACGUUGUCCGAAACCAACAACUCCCGCACCUCCAAACUGUUACCCUGGCAGCACGGACCCACGUUGUCCGAAACCAACAACUCCCGCACCUCCAUACUGUUACCCCGGCAGCACGGACCCACGUUGUCCGAAACCAACAAUUCCCGCACCUCCAAACUGUUACCCAGGAAGCACAGAUCCGCGGUGUCCAAAACCAACAACUCCCUCACGGCCAAAUUGUUACCCAGGAAGUACGGACUCGCGUUGUCCGAAUCCAUCAACUCCCGCGCCUCCAAACUGUUUCCCAGGAAGCACGGACCCGCGUUGUCCCAAACCAACAACUCCCGCUCCUCCAAACUGUUACCCUGGAAGUAAAGACCCGCGUUGUCCUAAACCAACUACUCCCGCGCCUCCUAACUGUUACCCUGGAAGUAGGGAUCCAAGAUGUCCCCAGACAACUUCCCCAAAACCAGUUUGUUACCCAGGAUCGCCUGAUCCUAACUGCCCACAACCCUCACGACCUACUACAAUAAAUCCACCUACUUAUUUACCUCCUACAACGCCAGAGCUUAAAUGCUACGCCGGGUCUACAGACUCACGUUGUCCGAAACCAACAACUCCCGCACCUCCAAACUGUUACCCAGGAAGCACAGACCCGCGUUGUCCUAAACCAACAACUCCCGCACCUCCAAACUGUUACCCAGGAAGUACGGACUCGCGUUGUCCGAAACCAACAACUCCCGCACCUCCAAACUGUUACCCCGGCAGCACGGACCCACGUUGUCCGAAACCAACAACUCCCUCACGGCCAAAUUGUUACCCAGGAAGUACGGACUCGCGUUGUCCGAAACCAACAACUCCCGCACCUCCAAACUGUUACCCCGGCAGCACGGACCCACGUUGUCCGAAACCAACAACUCCCGCGCCUCCAAACUGUUACCCAGGAAGCACGGACCCGCGUUGUCCGAAACCAACAUCACCUGCACCUCCAAACUGUUACCCAGGAAGCACGGCCCCGCGUUGUCCCAAACCAACAACUCCUGCUCCUCCAAACUGUUACCCUGGAAGUAGAGACCCGCGUUGUCCUAAACCAACUACUCCCGCGCCUCUUAACUGUUACCCCGGCAGCACGGACCCACGUUGUCCGAAACCAACAACUCCCGCACCUCCAAACUGUUACCCAGGCAGCACGGACCCGCGUUGUCCAAAACCAACAACUCCCUCACGGCCAAAUUGUUACCCAGGAAGUACGGACUCGCGUUGUCCGAAACCAUCAACUCCCGCGCCUCCAAACUGUUACCCCGGCAGCACGGACCCACGUUGUCCGAAACCAACAACUCCCGCGCCUCCAAACUGUUACCCAGGAAGCACGGACCCGCGUUGUCCGAAACCAACAUCACCUGCACCUCCAAACUGUUACCCAGGAAGCACGGACCCGCGUUGUCCCAAACCAACAACUCCUGCUCCUCCAAACUGUUACCCUGGAAGUAGAGACCCGCGUUGUCCUAAACCAACUACUCCCGCGCCUCUUAACUGUUACCCCGGCAGCACGGACCCACGUUGUCCGAAACCAACAACUCCCGCACCUCCAAACUGUUACCCAGGCAGCACGGACCCGCGUUGUCCAAAACCAACAACUCCCUCACGGCCAAAUUGUUACCCAGGAAGCACGGACCCGCGUUGUCCAAAACCAACAACACCUGCUCCUCCAAACUGUUACCCUGGAAGUAGAGACCCGCGUUGUCCUAAACCAACUACUCCCGCGCCUCCUAACUGUUACCCUGGAAGUAGAGAUCCAAGAUGUCCCCAGACAACUUCCCCAAAACCAGUUUGUUACCCAGGAUCGCCUGAUCCUAACUGCCCACAACCCUCACGACCUACUACAAUAAAUCCACCUACUUAUUUACCUCCUACAACGCCAGAGCUUAAAUGUUACGCCGGGUCUACAGACUCACGUUGUCCGAAACCAACAACUCCCGCACCUCCAAACUGUUACCCAGGAAGCACAGACCCGCGUUGUCCUAAACCAACAACUCCCGCACCUCCAAACUGUUACCCAGGAAGUACGGACUCGCGUUGUCCGAAACCAACAACUCCCGCACCUCCAAACUGUUACCCCGGCAGCACGGACCCACGUUGUCCGAAACCAACAACUCCCUCACGGCCAAAUUGUUACCCAGGAAGUACGGACUCGCGUUGUCCGAAACCAACAACUCCCGCACCUCCAAACUGUUACCCCGGCAGCACGGACCCACGUUGUCCGAAACCAACAACUCCCGCGCCUCCAAACUGUUACCCAGGAAGCACGGACCCGCGUUGUCCGAAACCAACAUCACCUGCACCUCCAAACUGUUACCCAGGAAGCACGGACCCGCGUUGUCCCAAACCAACAACACCUGCUCCUCCAAACUGUUACCCUGGAAGUAGAGACCCGCGUUGUCCUAAACCAACAACUCCCGCGCCUCUUAACUGUUACCCCGGCAGCACGGACCCACGUUGUCCGAAACCAACAACUCCCGCACCUCCAAACUGUUACCCAGGCAGCACGGACCCGCGUUGUCCAAAACCAUCAACUCCCGCGCCUCCAAACUGUUACCCAGGAAGCACGGACCCGCGUUGUCCUAAACCAACAACACCUGCUCCUCCAAACUGUUACCCUGGAAGUAGAGACCCGCGUUGUCCUAAACCAACAACUCCCGCGCCUCCUAACUGUUACCCUGGAAGCACGGACCCGCGUUGUCCCAAACCAACAACACCUGCUCCUCCAAACUGUUACCCUGGAAGUAGAGACCCGCGUUGUCCUAAAGCAACAACUCCCGCGCCUCUUAACUGUUAUCCAGGAAGCACGGACCCGCGUUGUCCAAAACCAACAACACCUGCUCCUCCUAACUGUUACCCUGGAAGUAGAGACCCGCGUUGUCCUAAACCAACUACUCCCGCGCCUCCUAACUGUUACCCUGGAAGUAGAGAUCCAAGAUGUCCCCAGACAACUUCCCCAAAACCAGUUUGUUACCCAGGAUCGCCUGAUCCUAACUGCCCACAACCCUCACGACCUACUACAAUAAAUCCACCUACAUAUUUACCUCCUACAACGCCAGAGCUUAAAUGCUACGCCGGGUCUACAGACUCACGUUGUCCAAAGCCAACAACGACUGCGCGACCUAACUGUUACCCAGGAAGCACAGAUUCUCGUUGUCCGAAACCAACAACUCCCGCACCUCCCAACUGUUUCGCUGGAAGCACAGAUUCCCGCUGCCCUAAACCAACAACUCUUGCUCCACCAAAAUGUUACCCAGGAAGUACUGAUCCACGUUGUCCCAAACCAACAACAACUGCUCCUCCAAAUUGUUACCCAGGAAGCACAGAUUCUCGUUGUCCCAAGCCAACAACGACUGCGCGACCUAACUGUUAUCCAGGAAGCACAGACCCGCGUUGUCCUAAACCAACUACUCUUACCCCUCAAAAGUGUUACCCCGGAAGCAAAGACCCACGUUGUCCCACACCAACCACACCCGCAAGACCUAUUUGCUAUCCCGGUUCAAAUGAUCCUAAUUGCCCUCCAUCUUCAACCUCAACAUCCGUUAUACCUACCACUGAAAAUUCUCCUAAUUGCUAUCCGGGUAGUAAUGACCCAAGGUGCCCACAGCCUAGCUCAACACCUAGUUCUUGCUAUCCGGGAUCCAAAGAUCCUAAUUGUCCCCAACCGUUUGCUCCAAGUAGCACCAAUCCACCUUCCACGUAUUUACCUCCUUUUCCCGCGGAAAAUGAAAUAAAAUCAGCACGAACAAGUAGACUGGCAGAGAAAACUUUGGAUUACUACGACGAGCCACUAUUAGAUGUUGAUAAUUUCGAGUUUACUCGUACCAAACCCAGAUCGAGAAUAACCAGAGAUAUCAGUAAAGUUAACGGCGAUUUAAUAGAAGCGUCUACUGGACUAGGAGUGAUGCAUAUUGCAAUCGGCGGCUGCACCUUCCUAGUUGUUUUGUCUAUCGCAUUAGCUGUCUACGUAUACAAGAGGUCAUACAGACAAUCUAAUCAGACAAACCUGAGAGAUCACCCUUGCUAAUUUAUAUUAUGAAAAAAAUCCUAUUGUGAUAUAACACGUCCUCAGCUAUGAUAACUCGAUUUUAUUUUUAAUUUUGUUUUAAAUUCGCAUACUUAUAAGCUGUAGGGAUUAACUUAUAAAAUAUUUUGAUCACUGCCUUCUUAGCUUUAUAACAUUGUUUUAUUUUCAGGCGCUUGUUAUAAGAUGCCUAUU